UCUUUUUUUUUACCAGCGAGUGAUAAUGUGACCUUCUGCCAAAGUGCUGGAAACCAUGCCACCAUCGCAGCGGGCUCCUCUGUUGCUGCCACUGAAAUAGACUCAAACAAGUGCAGGGAGAGGAGAGAGAGAGGAAGGGAGGAGGGAGAGAGAGAGAGAGAGAGGGAGAGAGGACGAAGGAGGGAGAGGAAGAGAAGAAGAGGGCCAAAGGGGAGAGGAAAAAAAGGAAGAGAAAGAAAGAGAGGAGGGGAGGAGAAAAGAGAAGGAAAGAAAAAAAGGAAAAACGGAAACAGGACAGCUGAAGCCGCAGACACGGGAUGAGUGGUGACGAGCCAGGGCUGGAUGUGGACUGCCAACACAGGCAGUAGGUGACUGAGAUGGGCGUUCGUCUAGGCUGCUUGAGCGACUCCCCGUGGUGGCCGCCGCCGCUGCUGCUGCUGCUGCUGCUGUCCUGCGCCACGCCCUUCUGUUCGAGUCGGCCCUUUGGGAUUCCGACGCCCGCCGUGAACGUGGCGGUGGUGUUCAGCGGCUCCACCUACCAGACAGAGAUUAAGGGGCGGCUGAGCCGGGAGAACUUCAUGGACCUGCCUCUGGAGGUGAACCCCAUCACCGUGCUGGUCAACAACACCAACCCGCGGGCGCUGCUCACCCGCAUCUGUGACACUCUCUCCACCAACCGCGUCCAUGGGGUGGUGUUCGAGGACAAUGUGGGCUCCGAGGCCGUGGCACAGAUCCUGGACUUCAUCUCCACUCAAACGGCGGUGCCCAUCGUGGGCAUCAGCGGAGGCUCUGCUGUCGUCCUGCCAUACAAGGGUGAGGGCUCCAAUUUCCUGCAGCUGGGCUCCUCCAUUGAGCAGCAGAUCAACGGCAUGUUCAAGGUGAUGGAGGAGUACAACUGGGACAGCUUCGUGGUCAUCACCAGCCUCUACCCGGGCUACGAAGCCUACGUGGAUUAUAUUAAAUCCUUCACAGACACCAGCUACUUCAUAUGGGACCUGCAGGACGUUCUGACCUUUGAUAUGUCCGCCGAUGGCAUGAACGACAUCCGGGCACGGCGGCUGCUGCAGCAGAUUGAUGCCCAGGUGCUGUUGGUGUACUGCUCCCAUGAAGAGGCUCAGUACCUGUUCAGCAUGGCGGCCGAGGCUGGCCUGGUGGGGCCGGGCUACAUCUGGAUUAUCCCCAGCCUGGCGGUGGGGAACCCCGACAUCCCCCCGCCAGACAGCUUCCCCGUGGGGCUCAUCAGCAUCAUCACGGACCGCUGGAGGAUGAGCCUGAGGAAGAGGGUGAGGGACGGCGUGGCCAUUGUGGUGAAAGGCGUGCAGAGCUUUCGGAAACAGAGAGGAUUCGUUCCUGAGGGCCACAGUGACUGUCACAACCCCGUCAAGCCAUCCGUCACGAAUGACACGCUAUUCAGGCACAUGCUGAAUGUAACCUGGGAACACAACGACUUCUCCUUCAACAGUAACGGUUACCUGGUGAAUCCAGCCAUGAUAAUUAUCACUUUGGACAGAGAGAGACUGUGGGACAAGGUGGGGACCUACGAGAUGGGGAUCCUGCAGAUGAGGUACCCGGUGUGGCCGCGGUACGGCUCCUAUUUGGAGCCGGUGUCGGACUACAGGCACCUGACGGUGGCCACGCUGGAGGAGCGGCCCUUUGUGAUCGUGGAGGCGGUGGACCCGGUGACUGGCACGUGUGUGAGCAACACAGUGCCCUGCAGACGACAGUCCAACAAGACGGAGGCUAUCGUGGGUCACACUGAGCCAUACACCAAGCUGUGCUGUAAAGGCUUCUGCAUAGACAUCCUGAAGAAGUUGUCCCGCACCAUCAAGUUCUCCUACGACCUCUACCUGGUCACCAACGGCAAGCACGGCAAGCUGGUCCGAGGCAUCUGGAACGGGAUGAUCGGAGAGGUGUUCUACAAGCGGGCGGACAUGGCCAUCGGCUCGCUGACCAUAAACGAAGAGCGCUCGGAGAUUAUCGACUUCUCUGUGCCGUUUGUGGAGACGGGGAUCAGCGUGAUGGUGGCCAGGAGUAACGGGACCGUCUCACCCUCUGCCUUCUUAGAGCCCUACAGUCCGGCGGUCUGGGUGAUGAUGUUCGUCAUGUGUUUGACCGUCGUGGCCAUCACAGUGUUUGUAUUUGAAUACUGCAGUCCAGUUGGGUACAACCGCAGCCUGGUCAGUGCCAAAGAUCCCGGAGGUCCCACCUUCACCAUUGGGAAGUCCGUGUGGCUGCUGUGGGGAAUCGUCUUCAACAACUCGGUCCCCAUAGAGAAUCCAAAGGGCACCACCAGUAAGAUCAUGGUCCUGGUCUGGGCCUUCUUUGCCGUCAUCUUCCUGGCGUCCUACACGGCUAACCUGGCGGCCUUUAUGAUCCAGGAGCAGUACAUCGACACGGUCUCUGGACUGAGCGACAAAAAGUUUCAAAAGCCGCAGGAGCAGUACCCUCCGUUCCGAUUUGGUACGGUCCCAAAUGGCAGCACAGAACGCAACAUAAGGAGUAACUACCCUGAGAUGCACUCCCACAUGGUCAAAUACAACCAGAAGGGAGUGGAGGAUGCCCUUAACAGCCUCAAAACAGGGAAACUGGAUGCCUUUAUCUAUGAUGCUGCUGUGCUGAAUUACAUGGCUGGCAAAGACGAGGGCUGCAAGCUGGUGACCAUUGGCAGCGGGAAAGUGUUUGCCACCACUGGUUAUGGCAUCGCCCUGCAGAAGGAUUCACGCUGGAAACGACCCAUCGACCUGGCCCUGCUCCAGUUCCUGGCUGAUGGCGACACACAGAAGCUGCAGACUGUUUGGCUCACAGGCAUCUGCCGUAAUGAGAAGAAGGAGGUGAUGAGCAGUAAGCUGGACAUCGACAACAUGGCGGGCGUCUUCUACAUGCUGCUGGUGGCCAUGGGCCUGAGCCUGCUGGUGUUCGCCUGGGAGCAUCUGCUCUACUGGAAGCUCCGACACUCAGUCCGCAAGGCCGAGCGGCUGGACUUUCUCCUGGCUAUCAGCAGAGGCAUCUACAGCUGCUUCAACGGAGUCGAGUCGACGGAUCACAACGGCAGCAUGCAGAGUCCGGAUGUCACCACCAACUACACACAGGCCAACAUGCUGAAGAUGCUGAAGACGGCCAAGGACAUGGUGUCCUCCGCCAGAGUGGAGAACUCUCUAGACAAUGCCACCAAGACAAUAGAGAACUGGAGCCGGCGGGGGGGCGACAAUGUGCGGGUCGGCCUCCCACCCAGAGUGACCACCACAGACAUGACUCACGGCCGGCUGCCCUACAUCUCCAGCAUCACGGACAACCACUCACCGUACCCUCAGAGGGCCCUCACGCCCACCUUCCCCAUCCACUACGGGGACAGCUCCACCCAGCCGCUCCUAGAUAAGCCCCGAGUGGUGACCAGACCCACGCCGCUCCGCUACACGCUGCCCACUCGCAACAGUCAGCAUGUGUUGGAGCGGACUCUGCCCAUCUCCAGCCUCAGCAGUCCUCACAUCGCCAUACGGGACCCCGUUCCCUCUGGUGCUCCCAACCCCCACCACAGCAGCAGGCUGUAUGUGGAGAACCAGCCCCGGCACCCCACGUCCUCUUUCGUUCCCUACAGGGAGUUCCAGGUGCCCGACAUCUACGUGGAGCACAAAGGGCCGCUGAGGAGGAAGUUCAGCUACCCUCCUGACUGCGUGAGUCGGAAGCGGCGGUCCCACAGCUACGUGUUCGAUGCUGCAGACCCCAGAGUGAGAGGAGACUAUGACGAACCUCGAUCCUGCCUUGCCGAGCUGAGGGCCAACCACCUCCUGAACAACCAUGCCCCCGUCGCUGCUGCCAUGGCCUGCACACCGGGACACUAUCCAGGUGGCAGCACCAGCUGUAACUCCUGUAUGAAGUCCUACCUGGAGCCGGAGAUGGACGACAUCCCACUCCUGGGGAAGGACAAACUCAACCGCCGCGCCUCAUUCCUCAAAGCGACGUGGGGCAAUGACAGGAUCCAUCAGGUGGAUGAAACAAAGCCCUCCACGUCUGCAUCCUCCACCCGUGUAGACAUGCCCGACCUGUUUCCUCGGGUGGUGGUGGCCAACCCGAAGCCCCACAAGCUUUACGGCAGCCUGGGGCACAACCUUUCCUGCUACCCCCUGGCUGCGGAGCCAGCCUACUUGGACCCGGCCCACAUGGGCUCCUACCCGUACAAGCAAAAGCUCAAGUACUCUGAGUCCACCCGGCUGCCCUCGUACAGGGAAGCCAUCCUGCAGAACGCCGCGGCCCUGCGCCGCUCCUCCUCCACGGUGGUGCACAGACACUACUCCACCUACCUGAACUCGUACACAGACUUACCGGUGUAUGUGGGGCCGCUGGCCCAGGGGCCGUCCCAGUUCUACGACAGCUCCAAGGAAAUGUGUCACUUGUUUCCCUGUACGAGCCACUGCCCGGAUAACGCGGCGAUGCUGCCUCGUAUGAGUGACAGGCAGGUGCUUUACCACAACAAUAUGUUUGGGACUUAUGAGGGCACAGGGAAGAGGGAGGACCCCGGCUCUGGGAGCAGAGAGCGGAGGCAGGUGUUGGUGGCGCGCAGAGUCAACAGUCCCUUUGUGCCAAAGCCCUGGGGCAGGGUAUCCAGCCUGGAGUCUGAGGUCUGAGCCCCCAUCUGUCCUGUCAAACUGAGCCCUGUAAUGAGGGGCAUGCCUGGGGGUUCCCCCCUCAGCCUCCGGUUAAAGCAAAAAUCAAACUCGACACCAAUAGUGUACUUGAGAGUGCUGACUCUCAAUUAUCAGUGCAAUAAUAUCUCGGGCAGCGACACGUGAGGGAGAAGACACUGACAAGCAAACCACUGCUGGGACUUUGUAAGCCAAACUUAAAAAUAUUAAAAAGAAAAGGAUAUGUUGAAAAGUAUUUAAUACAUAAGAAUUUAACCUGUUGAUUGUUAUUUAAAGGAUUUUUAAAUGCUGUGUUGCUAUGUGAAAGAAAUCUGGGAGACAAUAUACUGUAGCCUCUCGAUCUGAAUACGACUUGAGACAUUUCUUUUUUUCUUUCUAAAUCAUUUCAGCACCCACCAUUUCAAUUGAGAGAUAAAUUAUUAAGAUGAUUUUGUGUUUGAACCACUGAUAUGUCGUCCGUAUAUAUUUUCUAAGUGCACGACCUUGGGGGGGUGGUUUCUCCGAGGCAUUCUUCAUCGGUUAUUCAUGUAAUUUGAC